UUUGCGGACUAGCGCCAUUAUAAAGGGACGUCACUUCCGCUGAGCAACGAUUGAAUGGAUGAAUGAUCCAUCGGUGUUGCCGUAGAAUUUCAUGAUUUACUUCCGCGUCCUCGUGGACACGUCGUUUUGACGACAACGAUGGUAUAUAAAUAAGUUCGAUGCUAUGGGCUGUGUUAUUAUUUGGUUGUACUUUAUUUGGCAUUUAUCUGGCAUCAUCGCCACUUCUCCGAGGACAGUUUCGUUAAAAAGGAGCCUAUCACAGCCCGCUUCGCUACACAUCUUAAAAAAAAGAAGCCUGGAGCCCUGCCGACUGUCCAGUACUCUCUUGCCAAAAUGCGUCCAUUCUCCCUUUUCCGUCUACACACUGUGUCUGCUUCAGGUCCAGUUCAUCAUCUGAUGUAAACCCCAGACCGAGAGCAACAUCCUGAGGGCUCACAGCUGUCUUUCAAGACUCUUCAGUGUGGCAAACGCCUCCUUCGCCGAACAUGGACGCCAGAGGACUCUUCCAGAGGUUGGCCGAGGCCGAGCAGUCUCACCUCCUGCGGUUCUGGGACCAGCUGAGCCCCGAGGAGCGAGCGGGCUUGACCCUCGACCUUCAAGGAAUAGACUUCCAGGAGAUCAACGGCUUCUUCAGGAAGGCCACGGACGUGUCCCGCGGCAGCGUUGAGAAGAUGGACGGCCGCAUGGCGCCUGUCCCGCGGGAGGUGCUGGGGAGCGUGACGAGGGACGAGGCCCGCGUGAAAAGCUGGGAGCAAACGGGUCUGCAGUGCAUCUCCCGGGGGAAAGUAGCGGUCGUGCUGCUGGCGGGCGGUCAAGGAAGCCGACUGGGAGUUCCGUACCCAAAAGGGAUGUUUGACGUGGGGCUGCCGUCCCGUAAAACACUUUUUCAAGUGCAGGCUGAGCGUAUUUUGAAGCUGCAACAGCUGGCUGAGGAGACGCUGCACAGCAAGUCUUCCAUUCCAUGGUACAUCAUGACCAGCAGCAGGACCAUGGACUCCACGGAGGAGUUCUUCUCUCGCCAUGACUACUUUGGCUUGGACAAGAACAACGUGAUGUUCUUCUGGCAGGGCAUGCUGCCCGCCAUGGACCACCAGGGCAAGAUGAUCCUGGAGAGCAAAAGCAAAGUGUCCAUGGCUCCGGACGGCAACGGAGGUCUGUACCGAGCCUUGAAGAACCAGGGCGUCCUGGAGCACAUGCAGCAGAGGGGGGUGGAGUGCAUCCACGUGUACUGCGUGGACAACAUCCUGGUCAAAGUCGCCGACCCGGCGUUCCUGGGAUUCUGCGUGCAGCACCAUGCCGACUGCGGCGCCAAGGUGGUGGAGAAAAGCCACCCGACAGAGGCGGUGGGUGUGGUCUGCAAGGUGGACGGCAAAUACCAGGUGGUGGAGUACAGCGAGAUCGCCAUGGAAACGGCCCAGAAGAGAGGCGCCGACGGACGCCUGCUGUUCAACGCUGGCAACAUAGCCAACCACUUCUUCAGCUUCUCCUUUCUCAAAGACGUGGUGGAGAAGUAUGAACCCAGUCUUCAGCACCACGUGGCCCAGAAGAAGAUCCCCUUUGUGGACCACAGAGGUCGACUCUCCACGCCGGACAAACCGAACGGAAUCAAAAUGGAAAAGUUUGUCUUUGACGUUUUCCAGUUUGCCGAGACCUUUGUGGUGUACGAGGUGCUGAGGGAGGACGAGUUCUCCCCGCUGAAGAACGCCGACCGCCAAAACGGAAGGGACACGCCCACAACCGCCAGACACGCCCUCAUGUCCCUCCACCACCGCUGGGUGUUGAACGCCGGCGGUCACUUUAUCGACGAGAACGGCACUCGCCUACCUGCCAUACCCAGCCUGAAGGACAGGAGCGACCUGCCCAUCAAAUGCGAGGUCUCGCCGCUGGUGUCGUACGGCGGAGAAGGCAUCCGAGCGCUGGUGAAGGAUCGGGAGUUUCAGUCGCCGCUGGUCAUCGACGAGAGCGGCGUCCACCAGCUGGUCAGGGACGGGAAAUAAUCCCAGUCUCUGCAAUACUAAACUGCCUUUUGAAAAAUACCGGAAUGUUUUUGUUUCAUAUACAUGACAUAUGAGCCCAGGCGCAUGUGAGUCAACACACACACACAGCACUUACAAUUGGAGACAGAAGAUAUUGAAUGGACGCUUCAAAUAACGAUAAAGGUGAAGCUAUGCACCGCAGAGUCUUUGUCCCUCCACAGUGUUUUAGUUACUUGUCAGGUUCAAACACUGAUGACAUCUAUUAAUCAGACAAGAAGCAAGGAAUCAUGCAGAGACAGAGUUCAAUUUACCUCAUGAGGAGAACGCAUGGAGCUGCACACUUAGUCACAGUCUCGCCCUACGCUCUAAGGUUCAGCUCCCGUGUCCCUCUAUUUAUUCAGGAGUUCCACAGCCAACAUCACUAAGGCCGCCUCUAAAAGGAGUGGUCACAUAUAUUAUGCAAAGCAGGUCCAGGACGCACAAUACGUGACGGAAUGUGCUGGGGGCCUUGUGAUUUCGCCUUGUCUCUGCUUCGUCUGCGUGCUGUCAUCUUAUCUUCGUUGAGGUCCUUGAAGUCUCUGGCUGUUAGCGGGCUAAAACAAAGAUAACAUCUGCGGCUGAGGCCACUCCUCAGACAAUAAGUUUUUGUCCUUGCACAGAUAGAAAAGUCUAACUUGAGCACAAUAGCUAAUAACUAAAGCAACGGACUUUAAGCAUACUAAAGUUGUGUGAUAAUAUAUACAGGUAUACAUGAUUAUUCUAACACGGGUCACCAACGCGGUGCCCGCGGGCACCAGGUAGCCCGUAAGGACCAGAUGAGUAGCCCGCUGGCCUGUUCUAAAAUUAGCUCAAAUAGCAGCACUUACCAGUGAGCUGCCUCUAUUUUUUAAAUUUUAUUCAUUUCCUAGCAAGCUGGUCUCGCUUUGCACAACAUUUUUAAUUCUAAGAGAGACAAAACUCAAAUAGAAUUUGAAAAUCCAAGAAAAUAUUUUAAAGACUUGGUCUUCACUUGUUUAAAUAAAUUCAUACAUUUUUUUACUUUGCUUCUUAUAACUUUUCAGAAAGACAAUUUUAGAGAAAAAAUACAACCUUAAAUAUGAUUUUAGGAUUUUUAAACACAUAUACCUUUUUACCUUUUAAAUUCAUUCCUCUUCU